AUGGCAUUUUGCUGGGUCAUCUUGUUCCUGGCAUUUCCUGGAAUUUGCUUUGCUUUGUACAAGUUGUGCUCCCAGGUGAGACCUGACCAAGUAGCUCCUGUGUAUGUCACAAACCUCCUCAUCUCUGACCUGAUUCAAGUCUGCACCAAUUCAAUUGCAUCUGCGUUGUUUUUGGUAUCAUUGCAGGGACAUAAUUACUUAAGAGAAGCUCUGGUUCUGCUUUUCAUUUACAUAUAUAGUUUACAAGUUAACAUUUUCUUCAUGAUGUGUAUAUCUGCAGAGAGAUAUAUAAUGAUUGCUCAUGCUGUCUGGUACAGAAACAUCCAAACUCGCAGGACAUCCGUAAUAGUUUCUGUACUGAUGUGGAUUUUACCGGCUGUCCCCUUCAUCCUUGUCUACAAGUGCAUAAGGAGUCACGGGGCCUGCACUGAAAGCGUCUUGCUUCUCCCGUAUCCCCUGGUAAUGUUCUUUUUUGUGGCAACAUGGAGGGCCCUCUCCAGGACGUCAGUGCCUCGUAAUGACCAGAUUCGCAUCAGGAGUAUCUUGGCUCUUAUUCUGCUUAUUUACACCAUCUUAUUUCUACCAUAUAUAGUAAAAGCAGGCCACACAGAGCCUGAGCAGACCACUUUGCAGGCCACCACACAUCUGGAUGGGCCAGCCACCCCAAACGCUACAGUGUGA